GAUAAACUAGUGCAUAAGCGAACGAGACAGCUGUGCAGAUUAUUUUUAAGCGAAAAUUUAAUAAGUCUGUUUAAGUGGUUUAUUAACGGUCGCCAGUAGAUGUUUAAGAAAAAUGAUUAUUUGACAUACCUAGUGAUAUUAAUUUUAAGAUGACCGGUAAAAGUAACAUUUUAUUUGGAAUUUGUUGGUUUUUUCAAAUAAGUUAUUCAAAAAACAUCGAAAACUACUUAAUCAAUACCAGCAAAUGCACUGUACCAGAUUUACCACCCUUUUUUACAAACUGGCCUAGUUAUAUAUCAUCUCUUCCCAUAUCCUGCUCGGAAUUUGAUCCUUUGCCAACAUACACAACUGUAAAAAAUAAUGUAGCUACACUACACGUUAGAGAAGAAGCAUUCGCGAACUAUUCAACAGAAUACAGCCCUACUCGUUGCUGUUAUAGUUAUGUCUUUAGAAAUGGAACGGAAAAUCAACCAGAUGUCGGAAUAAGUGUAACAAACUGUUUAAAAUUUCAACAAUCAGUAGUAUUAUUGCACGAUACAGUAUGGGUAUCAUGCAGCAACUACAUAGAGACAAACAUAGGCUACACCAGAGGUUUUCCAAUCUUUCCUAUAUACGCCAACGUACACCAAGUUGUCCGGCCUUACCAAUCCUUUGUACAAAAAGGACAAAGACUUCAAGAAUCAUCCCCUAAAAGACCGACAAGUGUCCUGGUAAUUGUCAUAGAUUCGGUAUCGAGGCUGAAUUUCAUCAGGACCAUGCCCAAAACGAGGGAGUAUAUUUUGAAGAACGGAUUCCACGAAUUCAAGGGUUAUAACAAGAUCGAUGAUAAUACUUUUCCUAAUGCUAUGGCGCUAUUGACAGGGAUGAAUUUAAGAGAUUCGUUCAGUAUUUGUCAGCCGAGGACACUAGAUGGAUUAAAUAAUUGUCAAUUUAUAUGGAAAGAUUAUCAAAAACUUGGUUAUUCUACGGCUUAUGCCGAAGAUUGGGCUCCAAUAGCUACUUUCAAUUAUUUUAAAAAGGGAUUUAGAUAUCCACCUACAGAUUACUACUUCAAGCCAUACAUGGACGUUUUAAAAUAUCUAGAAACAAAAAUUCAGGAUGAUAUGCCUUUUUGCGCAGGUCCCGAGUCUCAAGGUGAUAGAACGCUGAACUUAGCGUACGAUUUUGCAACUACCUUAAAAGACUCCCCUAGUUUCGGUAUAUUUUGGAUGAACACCUUCAGUCACAAUGUCAUCACAACACCAAAAACGAUGGACGAAAGAGUCAAAACAUUCUUCGAAAAACUGAAAUCCUCCGGAGUAUUAGACGAAAGCAUCGUGGUACUUCUCAGCGACCAUGGAGUAAGAUUUGGAAACAUUAUUAACACAACUAGAGGUUAUUAUGAACUAAGACUGCCAAUGAACUACGUGUCACUCCCGGAUUGGUUUAUAACGGCUUAUCCCAAAGAAACAAGGAAUUUUGAUGAUAACACGAAGUUGCUGACUAGUACUUAUGAUAUGUAUAUGACUCUUCAACAUAUUUUAUCCUUGUCUGGAACGAAUUAUACAAUGCGUCCAUCUUUAGCCUGUCCGAAUUGUAGAUCGUUGUUUGAGAAAAUUCCGCUUGAGAGGAGCUGUAAUGAUGCGGGAAUUCCGGAUAUAUGGUGCACCUGUAACUUAGAUCUCAAUACUAGCGAAGACUGAACGAAUCCUGUACCCUACAAGGAUAUAGAAAUCAAGAAUUACGAGCAUCGUAGCAGAUCCUUCAAUAACAAGUCAGCGUCAUGCUUAAUAACGACCAGCUUUAGACUGUGAAUAAGCUAAUCGAGGCUAAUAAAUAUUUAUAAGAACA